AUGUACUUUUCUUCAGUGAUCGCAAUCGGCCUGGCGCCAUUGCUCGCAAACGCCUACCUGAGCGGCUCAGUCGGUCCAACAACCUCCCUCGCCACCAAGUCCAGCAACAAAAUCUGUAAUGUACUGGACUACGGCGCUAAGGCGGACAAGUCGACCGAUAUUGGCGCAGCCAUUACUUCCGCCUGGGCGGAUUGCAAGAACGGCGGUGUUGUCUACAUCCCGUCUGGUGAUUACGCUUUUAAAUCCUGGGUGACUUUGUCAGGUGGUAGUAGCUGCGCCAUUCAGUUGGACGGUAUUCUCUAUCGGACUGGUACUGAUGGUGGAAAUAUGAUUAUGGUUAAGCAUACCAAGGACUUCGAGCUUUUCAGCUCUACUUCCAAGGGUGCGAUCCAGGGAUAUGGGUAUGAGUACCAUAAGAAGGGAUCGACCAAUGGAGCGCGAAUCCUCCGGCUGUAUGAUGUGACUGAUUUUUCGGUCCAUGAUAUUGCUCUGGUCGAUGCGCCCGCUUUCCACUUCUCUCUGGAUACCUGCGAAAAUGGUGAGGUUUACAAUCUUGCUAUUCGGGGUGGUGAUAAGGGUGGUCUGGAUGGAAUUGAUGUUUGGUCCACUAACAUCUGGAUUCACGACGUCGAGGUCACCAACAAGGAUGAGUGUGUUACUGUCAAGAGUCCUGCCAAGAACAUUCUCGUCGAGAACAUCUACUGCAACUGGAGUGGCGGCUGUGCCAUGGGAUCCUUGAGCACCGACGUCGACAUCAGUGACAUCACCUACCGCAACGUCUACACCUGGAAGUCCAACCAGAUGUACAUGGUCAAGAGCAACGGAGGCAGUGGCAACGUCGAGAAUCUCCUUCUUGAGAACUUCAUCGGCCACGGCAACGCCUACUCCCUCGACAUCGACGGCGCCUGGAGCAGCAUGAGCAAAGUGUCCGGCGACGGCGUGCAACUCACGAACAUCACGGUCAAGAACUGGAAGGGAACGGAAGCCAACGGCGCCCAGCGCGGUCCCAUCAGAGUGAAGUGUGCAGAUGGCGCGCCCUGCACGGACGUGACGAUCGAGGACUUCGCCAUGUGGACCGAGUCGGGUUCUUCCCAGUGGUACAGCUGUGAGAGUGCGUACGGCUCCGGUGCGUGUUUGAAGGAUGGAGAUGAUUAUUCUGCGUACACGACUACUCAGACUGUUAAGUCUGCGCCGUCUGGAUACUCUGCUGCUACGAUGGCUUCUGAUUUGGCGACUGCGUUCGGUACUAAAUCGCCUAUUCCUAUUCCUGCUAUUCCGACCUCGUUCUACCCUGGUGCUACUCCUGUUAGUGCACUUGCUGGAGCUCAGGCUACUUCCUCUUAG